AUGGCAACAAAACCAAAAGAUCCUAAUAGUAUUAUGAGGAAUAAGGACAAGAAACCCUCAUCUUCUAAUACACCUACAACCUCAACGACAAAAAGACUCUCAAGACCAUCUUCAUCAAGUUCUGUGGAAAAUUCCACCUCACAAAACCCAUCAGAAAAACAAAUCCCAAACUAUCUCAAACCAACACUUAGUUCACAACCAAGAUCUCAAUCCUUUAGAGUAAGAAAUGAUGAUAAUGUUCCAAAUAAAUCUCUUCUAAAUAGAAGAAGAUCUUUUGAUAAACCACCAUCACUUUCAAAGGUACAAAAACAAACUCAACAUUCUCCUUUAAGACAACAACAUAAACCACUUGGUCGAAACAUUAUCCCUUCUUAUAAACCAGUUUCAGAAAGAAUCUCAUCAAAGACUCCAAAACAAGAUGUUAUCAAGAAGAGUAAUUCAAAGAAUGUUGCCACAAAGAGUAGUACUAAAAAAGAAACAAAAGAAAAAAAUAAUGUUGCUGGAAAUGGACCAGAGCCAGAAGUUAAAGAGGCUAUAACAAAUGAGGAGAAUAUUGGAGAAGUAGAAAAAGUUGAGAAUAUUGGAGAACAUGGCCAGGUUGAAAAUCUUGUACCUGAACUUAACCAAUGUCAAUCUCAGGUACAAGAUAUUGUACCAGAGAUUAACCAAUCUCAAGUGCAAAAUAUUGUACCUGAGAUUAACGAAUCUCAGGUGCAAGAUAUUGCACAUAUUCAUUAUGAUAAUGAGAAUCAAGGGCAUGAUCAAAAUAUUCUACAAAUUGAAUCUCAUAAUGAGAAAGUGGAAGAGAUAAUUCCUAUGGCGGUGUUAGAAGAAGAAGCUAAGGAAGAUCAAACCAAAGAUGAAGUUAAAGAGAAUGAGAAUGGAAAUACAAACCUAGAAUGCAACAUUAACAAGAGUGAUGAACAAGAAACAAACCAUUCAACAAAUGAAGAAGAAGUUGUUGAGGUUAAAGAAAAAGAACAAGAAGAUAUAAAAAAUGAGGAAGAGUUUGAGAAGGAAGAAGAAUCAAGUGAAGUAAUGGAAGUAAAAGAGAAAAAUGAGGAAGAGUUUGAGAAGGAAGAAGAAUCAAGUGAAGUAAUGGAAGUAAAAGAUAAAAAUGAGGAAGAGUUUGAGAAGGAAGAAGAAUCAAGUGAAGUAAUGGAAGUAAAAGAGAAAAAUGAGGAAGAGUUCAAGAAGGAAGAAGAAUCAAGUGAAGUAAUGGAAGUAAAAGAAGAAAAGGAGGAAGAGUUUGAGAAGGAAGAAGAAUCAAGUGAAGUAAUGGAAGUAAAAGAAGAAAAUGAUGAUGAAAAAGUGGAGAAUGAGGUUGAAGAAGUCUCCAAGGUGAAUUCACCAAAGGAAAAGGAAGAAGAAAGUAGUGUGGUGCAAGGGAAGAAAGAGUCGGGUCAAGUUUCCAAUGGUGUGAUUGAAGAAACUGCAAGCAAGUUAUUAGAAGAGAGAAGGAAUAAGGUGAGAGCAUUGGCUGGUGCAUUUCAAACUGUCAUUGAUCAUCAAACCACCAAAUGA